AGUCUGGUAACAUUCCUCCAACCACAUUAUCAAAUUCCGAGAUAGUUAGUUUUGGCCACACUUGUUCUAGCUGCUACUCCAAGCCAUGGCCUCUAACUUGAGCAUGAGAAUUUGGAUGAUCUUUGGCCUUGCAUUUUUUCUCGCUCUGCAAGGCACUCUUGGAGGAAUAGAGUGUGAGCAACUGAGCCAUGACACGUGCUCAUUCGCCGUGUCAUCGGGUGGCAAACGAUGUGUGCUGGAGAAGCGCGUCAAAAGGAGUGGCGAAGAGGCGUACACAUGCAGAACAUCAGAGAUUGAAGCUGAUAAACUCAAGGACCACAUCGAAACUGACCAAUGCAUCAAGGCUUGCGGUUUGGACAGAAAAUCCCUCGGAAUCUCCUCAGACUCUCUCCUCGAAUCUCGCUUCACGCAAAAACUCUGCUCCCCUCACUGCUACCAGUGCUGCCCAAACGUUGUUGACCUCUACUUCAAUCUCGCAGCUGGCGAAGGAGUGUUUCUUCCCAACCUGUGUGAAGUGCAAGGUGUGAAUGCUCGUAGAGGAAUGGCUGAACUGAGAAGCUCUGGAAUUGUGGCACCUGGACCUGUCAACUCUGUGCAGUUCACAGCUACUCCUCCAAGUCCAAGCAUCCCUGUGGCGUUCACAAUUGAGCCUCCCUCACUCCCACCAAACUAGACUCUAGCUUUUUUGGAACACACAAAGGAAAUUCAUCAGAGUAGCGUGUUACACAACUUAAAAUAUAUUAUAGGAAUCGAGAGUGCCUUACUAUGUUAUAUUUGAAAUAAUAAUGGAGUUGCACCUAAAUAUAUAUAUGUUGGAGUUUUCCGA